CUUUCGGGCGUAGGAGCCGGUGAGGAGCCGGAUCCUCAGACGACGCGGCGGACGGGCCGGUGGUGUCCCCGGGGCCGCGAGGCCGGAAGGCGAGGAGGGCGGGGCCGGCCGUGGGGCCGCGGCGACGCCACACCGAGGAGCGAGCGAGCGAGCGCCGGGGCCUGCGGGGAGCGAUGCUGUGGUUCCAAGGCGCCAUCCCGGCGGCCAUCGCGUCUGCCAAGAGGAGCGGCGCCGUCUUCGUGGUGUUCGUGGCAGGUGACGAUGAGCAGUCCACACAGAUGGCCGCCAGCUGGGAAGAUGAGAAAGUGACAGCAGCGUCUGCAAACAAUUUCGUUGCGAUUAAAAUCGACACCAAAAGUGAAGCCUGUCUGCAAUUUUCACAGAUUUAUCCUGUAGUCUGUGUUCCAUCCAGUUUCUUUAUAGGAGACAGCGGAAUCCCUUUGGAAGUAAUAGCAGGGAGUGUUUCUGCAGAUGAACUUGUUACAAGAAUUCACAAAGUCCAGCAAAUGCACUCAUCAAAAGGUGAAACAUCGGUGACAGAUGACAACCAGUCAGAAAGUUCAGUAUCUACCCCAUCUGCCUCAUUUGAGCCUAAUGCCGUAUGUGAAAAUACUGAGUCCAGACACACAGAGCUUUGUAAGAAGACAACAGCUGCUUCCGACACAAAGUCAGAUACUACAGCAGGAGGAGAAUGCUCAGGUUGUGACAACCCCUCCCAAGAACCUCAUGGAUGUUCAAACCAGAGACCAGCAGAGGAUCUCACCGUUAGAGUGGAAAGACUCACAAAAAAACUUGAAGAAAGGAGAGAAGAGAAAAGGAAGGAAGAAGAACAGAGAGAGAUUAAGAAGGAAAUUGAAAGGAGAAAAACUGGAAAGGAAAUGUUGGAUUAUAAAAGAAAACAAGAAGAGGAGUUAACAAAAAGAAUGUUAGAGGAAAGAAGCCGAGAAAAGGCAGAGGACAGAGCGGCUCGAGAGCGCAUCAAGCAGCAGAUUGCACUGGACCGUGCAGAAAGAGCUGCCCGCUUUGCAAAGACAAAGGAAGUCGAGGCUGCCAAAGCUGCCUUGCUGGCCAAACAGGCUGAAGCGGACGUCAAGAGGGAGGCUUCUGCUCGAGACAGAAGCACUGUUGCAAGAAUUCAGUUCCGGUUGCCCGAUGGUUCUUCCUUUACAAAUCAGUUUCCUUCCGAUGCUCCGUUAGAAGAAGCAAGGCAGUUUGCCGCACAGACUGUUGGCAACACCUAUGGUAACUUUUCUCUAGCAACCAUGUUUCCCAGGAGGGAGUUCACCAAAGAAGACUAUAAGAGGAAGCUGCUGGACCUGGAGCUGGCCCCCAGUGCCUCCGUGGUGCUGCUGCCGGCAGGACGGCCAGCCACAUCCAUUGUCCACUCUUCCAGUAGAGACCUUUGGACGUUACUGGGGACGGUGCUUUAUCCAUUCCUGGCCAUAUGGAGACUGAUUAGCAAUUUUUUAUUUAGUAAUCCUCCUGCACAGAGGUCAGCAAGAGCCACACCCACAGAGCCUUCCAACCCUGCGUCAUCCACCAAGUCAGAGAAAAGGGAACCAGUCCGAAAAAGAGUGCUGGAGAAACGUGGGGAGGACUUUAAAAAGGAAGGGAAGAUAUACAGACUGAGGACGCCAGACGAUGGCGAAGAUGAGAACAACACUUGGAACGGGAACUCCACGCAGCAGAUGUAGAUCGCCGCGCACAGGGGGACAGUCUUCACUGCUUCCCCAGGAGGCCACUCCAGCUUCUGCUGGACCAGUGGGGCUGCUUAUGUUUUCAGACCAUGGGUACACUCUUUAUUUCUGCUUAGAGGUUAUGAGUUCAAGUUGUUUAACCUGAAAAAGUCAAAAUAGGAACUAGCUGGAUGCUAGGUCCUUGUAUAGGGUAACCAGCUGCUCGCCCAGCCACCUACCAGUUCCUGCUCAAACUUUCCAGCCCAGUGUUUCAUUUAGAAUACUUUUUGCUGCACUUCUAAGCCACACAAAGUAAUUGGUGUGUCACUGGGUAUCUGACCCUAGAGCUCUUCCACUAGCUAUCAGGCGAUAAUGAUGGUUAGCAUUUCUCUUUGCACUCAUCAGCUGCAAACAAAAUCUUGUAGUUUUGAUCUUACUUAAACCUUGAAUAAAAAUUUUUUUCCAAAAA